AUGGCCUUUCUCUCACUUCUCAUUGCUCUUCUCUCUCUAGGGUUCACACAAUCCCCUGCUCAAACAGUGGAAAUCAAUGUGGUUCUUGCAGGAAUUGUCACUUGCACAAAUACUUCUAUAGCCAACGCAAGAACUUAUGCAGUAAUCCCACAAGCAAAAGUUGAAUUUGUUUGUGGGAUUUGGAUUUUAGAAAGAGUGAUCAAAUCAACCACAACAAGCAAUGCAGGAAUCUACACCUUUGCCUUCGGCCCCAAAGAUAUAUUGCUCAACAACCCUGAAUUAUGCCAUCUUAGAGUGACCUUUCCUUCCUCUUCAUGCAGCUUGGACCCCCCGGGGGGCGUCCUGAGGUUCCCGAUCAUUGGGAUCCGGUCAUCGUCGAGCCUGUUGACAGAGUACAUUGCCGGGUCGCCAAGCUAUCUCCCCGUGUGA